AUGGCUAUGCGAAAUUGUCAUCCUCUUCAUGUUGAGCGCGUCAAAUUUGCAACUCAUCAUCCACAAUCACUUUCUCUCUUCUGUUCAUUCAUAGAAAGAAAAAAAAAAAGCAAAGACAUGGCAGGAGAAUCAUAUGAGGAGGCUGUUGCUGAUUUGACCAAGCUUCUAAGCAAGAACACUGAUCUUGCAGAUUUCGCCGCCGCAAAAAUCAAGCAGUUGACGACGGAGCUAGUGGCCGCUGAGUCGGAGCCUUUUAAACCGGAUGAGAGGAUUCGAACCGGAUUCAACCGUUUCAAGAAAGAAAAAUUUCAACAGAAUCCAGAAUUAUAUGGUCAACUUGCGAAAGGUCAGAGCCCAAAGAUACUUUACGUCCCUUUUACUGAGAAUACCAACCAUUUGUUCCAUUUAUGUUGA